AUGGCGUCCACUAAUGUGGAUGAGCCAGAGCCAAGAGUGGCAUGGUCCACCAUCCUGGCCGUAUUCUUUAUGGGCCUGACCUACGUCCCGGCCAUCGCGACAGCCUUCAUCAUGCCCGCACAGAUCCUCCAGCAGAUUGGAAUGGCGCUGGGCGAUACUGACAAUAUUGCUUGGAUUCCCGGUGGCUGGUCCAUCGGUUCCGCCGUCUCCUUCUCCAUUGCUGGUGGUAUGAGUGACAUCUUUGGUCGUCGGUGGGUUCUGCUCUGCGGUCAAGCCAUCAUCCUCGUAGGCGCUAUCGUAUGCGCGGUAGCACAGUCGACAUUGAACAUCGUAGCUGGAACCACCUUGGUGGGCUUUGGCGCAGGCACCAUCAUGGUGGCGUACCCGGGCAUAAGCGAGCUGUUACCCAACAAGUACCGUGGUAUCGGCCUGGCAUGGACCGAGUUCUGCAUCACCAUCCCCUGGGGCUCGCUUCCCGGCAUCAUUGCGACCCAGCUGUACCUGCGGGCCAGCUGGCGCUGGUGCUACUACAUCACCAUCAUCUACACCGUCAUUGUCGCCGUCGGCACAUUCUUUUGCUACUUCCCGCCAUCCCGUCCGCGUUAUGACUACGAAAAGACGCGCUGGCAGCAGGUCAAGGAGCUCGAUUUCGUGGCCUUCUUCCUUUUCGCGACCGGGCUUCCCAUUCUUCUCGUGGGAAUCACGUCCCUCGGCCAGUCCGGGUGGAGCGUCACCUUGGUCGCCACCACGAUCCCCCUGGGUUGCGUCCUCUUCGUCUCGGCCUUCGUCUACGACUUCACGAUCGCCCAGCGUCCAUUGUUCCCGCUGCGCCUCUUCCGCAUGUACCGCGAGUUCACUGUCUACCUCGUCAUCCUCUUCGUCUGCGGCAUGAUUUGGCAGGGCACGUUGACGCUGUCAAACCAGGGCACCCUGUUCAUGUUCACAAACGACGUGGUCGAGAUCGGCUACAUUGCCACGGCGGCCAGCAUGUCUGGCAUCAUCGGCGGCUGGCUCCUGCCGCCCCUCGUGCACAAGCUCAAGCACAUCAAGCUCCAGUUCAUCGUGGCCCUCGUGUUCCAGACUGUCUUCACCGCCUCGUACGCCACCGUCGUGCCCAACAACAAGACGGGCUGGACCAUCCUGCCCAUGUUUGGCCAGUCCUGCUUCACCUGGCUCACCGUCCUCUCGUACGUGUCGUCCGGCCUCCUCGUGCCCCAGGAGGACCUGGGAAUCUCGGCCGGCAUGAUGGGCACCUUCCGCAGCGCCGGCGGCUCCGUCGGCAACGCCGUCUUCACCACCAUCAUGACCUCCAUCGUGAACCGCGACCUGGUCAACAAUAUUGCCGGCGCUGCCAUCCAGGCCGGCUACUCGCCCGCGAACCUGUCGGCUCUCAUCCCCGCCGUCAUCCAGAAUGCCGUGGGCGUGCCGGGCGCCUUCGCGGCCGUGCCGGAAUUAUCACAGCCCGUCAUUGCAGCCACGGCUGCGGCGUUCCGCGACACCUAUGCCGGCGCGUUCAAGAUCGUCUUUUACUCGACUAUCCCGUUCGGCGUGCUCGCCCUGGCCGCCUCUGCGUUCAUCCGCGACCCGAGCCACCUCCUCAACAAUCACGUCGCGGUUCAUCAGGAGAAGUACGUUCUGGGCAACAAGGAUGCUGCCAAGGAGGGCAAGGUCGUGGUUUAG